AUAUCAGCCGCGGUGAUGCUCAGAGGCUACCAGACAUACAUCAGGGCUUGCCCUUUCAAGAAAAUGUCCAAUCUCUUAGCCAACAAAACCAUCAGGAAACUCGCUGAUUCCGCCACAACCCUUCAUAUAAUCGACUUCGGCAUCCUCUACGGAUUCCAGUGGCCCUGCCUCAUUCAGGCGCUCUCCGAGAGGCGUGGUGGCCCCCCCAAGCUCCGCAUCACUGGGAUAGACUUCCCUCAGCCGGGCUUCCGCCCAGCUGAGCGGGUGGCUGACACGGGCGACCGUCUCGCCAGGUACUGCGAGCGAUUCGGGGUACCAUUUGAGUACACGGCGAUAGCGCAGAAAUGGGAGAGCAUCAAAGUGGAGGAGCUCAAGAUCGAGAGGGAUGAGCUGCUGGUGGUGAACUGCCUUUACCGGCUGCAGAACGUGCCGGACGAGACGGUGGUGGCCAACAGCCCGAGGGAUCAAGUGCUGACGCUGAUCAAGAGGAUCAACCCUGACAUGUUUAUCCAAGGAGCUGUCACCGGAACCUACAACACACCCUUCUUCGUGACGCGAUUCAGGGAGGCGCUGUUCCAGUACUCGUCCAUGUUCGACAUGUACGAGGCGACAGUGCCCCGGGAGGAUCCAAACAGGCUGCUGUUCGAGGAGGAGGUGUUCGGGAAGGACAUCACCAACAUUAUAGCGUGCGAGGGGACGGAGAGGCUCAACUGGCCGGAGACGUACAAGCAGUGGCAGGCAAGGACUGUGAGGGCCGGUUUCAGGCAGCUUGCGCUGGAUCAGCAGAUCGUGGGAUACGUCAGGAGCAAGGUGAAGGCAGACUAUCACAAGGACUUCUCGGUUGAUGAAGAUGGCAAAUGGAUGUUGCAGGGAUGGAAAGGCCGAGUUCUUCACGCUUUUUCUUGCUGGAAACCUACCAACAACUGAUUCUUCCCACUUUUUAAUUUAAGUAUUACAAGUAGUAGCUCAGAGAUUCUCUUUUGACCCAAGAUUUCUUACUAUAUUAUGAAUCCAAUAUUUCAUUUCUUA